AUGAGCACAACGACUAGUCAAGAUCAAUCGAAAAAAACGUCUAGUGUUUUCGAAAAACUUGGACAACGAAUAACGAAUAUUAAAAAAGAUAUUGCUGAGAAUAUUGAACGUCGAGAACAAUUACAUAAUAAUGCAAAUAACAAUCAAGUACAAUUUCUUUAUCGCCCAAGUCAAUCAGACGAUUCGUUAAUUAUUGAAACAAAACCUCCACCACCACCAACUGAAGUCCGUCAAAGACUUCCAUCUAGUGAUGAUGGUUCGAGUUCAGAACGUUCAUUUUCCAUAUCACAAUUUACCAGUAGUUUUGGAAAGAAAUCAGCAAAUGAAAAUAUACCAUCUACAACAACAACUGAAAUAACUCCUAGUAAUUCAUUUCAAGAUAUAUUUCUUAGUGAGAACAGUGAUCAUGCAAAAGAUAUGAUAAAGAACAAUAUACUUCAUGAGGUAAAUCGCAGACAUAGUCAAGCACUUAGUGAAAGUGGUUCCGAUGAUUUUAUUCUCAAUAAAACUGAUCAUAAUGAUGCAAUAGUAAAACCAACAACAGUGAUGAAAAUUGAUAAACAUCAACGAAAACCAACUAUGUUAUUAGCUGGACCGAAAUUUCGUUAUCAUACAAGUGAAUCUAAUUAUGAUCUUAAACGAGAUGUGAUUUACCCAGUGUUGUGUGUUGUGGGUGCUAUUUCAAUUUAUAUAAUGUUAUGGAAACCAUUAUCCUCAUUUUUCAGUGGCUAUUUUCUUGGUUUUGUAUCUGCUAUGGCUGUUACUUAUAUUAUUAUAAAAAUUUAUAUUCAUGCUAAAACUGAUGAAUCAAUUGUUCAUGAAUGGAUAGAUUUUCCAGAAUUAGAAUCUUUACUACAAGAAAAAAUUGCACGAACAGAUAAACAUACUAGUCAAUAUACAUGUUGUGAAGUUGUUUUUGGUCGAUAUGAUGUUGAUCGAGACGGUGAAUUUCUUCGUUAUCCAGCUAUUAUUCAUCUUGAUAAAUAUCGUCUUAAUAUUCAAUUACCAACGAAAACUAUGACAGCAGACGAGAAAAAAGAUAAAGAAAUUAAAUUUGUUGGAUUUCGAGAGUAUACAAUUAAAGGAGCUAAUUUAAUUUUGGUUCCAGAAGCGACAUUAACUCGUAUAAAAUAUUGGCUAAAUGAAUAUCCAAUUGUUUUACAAAAUUUACAAAUAUCAAAUAAACAAAUCGUUAAUAAACAAUUUUAUGAAAAAUCUAAAUUUGAUGCUAAUGAUUUUUUUAAUAAUAGUCAUACAACAAUAAGUUUAUUUUUUGAAACUGGUCCGGAUAAAGAAGAUUGGUUUCAUAAAUUAUCACUUGUUUUACGUGAAGGUAAAUCAGAUAUUGAACAUAAUGAUAGUCAGAAAUCGAAUUUAUCAACAUCAAAUACAAUUGCUAAAAGUAUUUCUGAUACACAAAUUCCAACAUUAGGUUCCCGUGCUUCACAAAUGCAAUCAAAUACAGUUAAUCUUGAAAAUCGUGUACAAAUGAAAUCAUCUGAAACAGUUGGUCCGCCUUAUGCUGAUACAGUAUCAUCAGAAAAUAGUGAAACUGAAAUACUUCGAAGUCAAAUUAAUGAAGGUGACAUACUUAGUGAUAUGACACAAGCUCGUACUGGUGCUCAAGAAUUACGUGUUGAUCUAUUAGAAAAAAAAGAUUCUGAUAAAGAUUCUACUGGUACACAACGUACAGCAACAACUAAGAAAAAAUAUCGUAAAGAAGAAGAAAGCCUUCAUCGUUUACUUAAUUCACCUGAUUGUCUCGAUGAAGCAGCUGUAACAUUAAAUUUUCUUACACGUCGAUUAUUUUGUGAUAUUUUCGAAGAACCAUUAUUUAAAGAUUUAAUAAAAGAAAAAAUUGAACUUAAAUUAAAAGAAAUUGCUGUCAGUGUACUUGAAGAUCUUCACGUUGAAACUAUUGAUAUGGGAAAUACAUUUCCUGUUAUUCUUAAAGUUGAACCAAUGCAAUGGAAUACUAAAGGAAUUUGGCUCAAUUUAUUUCUUUUCUAUAAAGGCAAUUUUAAUUUUACUAUUAAAACACGUAUAGUCCUUCAAAAGUUACUUAAUUAUAAUCCAAUUGCUGAUCAACCAAUGUACUAUCAACAUCAAUCAGGUCAAAUCGUACAUAAGGAUGAAGAACGUCAGGAAACUGAAGAGCUUAUUCAACGUCAGAAAUUACUUGCUAAAGAACCUGAGAUACCUGAAAAAAAUAAAAUGACUCAAAAUCAUCGUACACGUUUUAUUCGUAUUCCUAAACAGGAAGAAGAAGUUCAUAUAUUUAGUAAUCCUUUGAAUGUUGAUGAACAACCUACAACAUCCACACCACUUCAAACACCAAGUCCUCGUCAAGGACAACGUGAAACUUUAUUUGAUUUUGAUUAUCAAGCACCUCUAACAGCUCAUUCUCUUCGACCGAAUUCACGUUGGUUAAUUGUACGUCGUAAUAUACAUCGUAUUCGUUUUAUGGGUUUUCGUGGAGCGAUUGGUAAAGAAGGACAAUUACCAGAUUUUUAUUUAGGCUUACAAAUGGCGCGCGAAUUAAGGCGUGCUCAACUAGAAAUUAAAGAUGUUGAUAACGACACAAGUUUUCAAGCUGUUAAAGAAUUUUCUUUAGCGAGUGCGAAAGGACAAAGUAAAAAGUUUGAUACGCGUCAUGUUCAGCCUGAAGAUGCACUUAUCUAUGAUCGUCUUGGUGAAGAACCAUUAUCAUUACAAAAUUUACUUUAUUAUUUUAGUAAACAAGAUAUACAACAUGGAACAGUUUUUUGGGAUUUUUUGAAUGAAGUUAAUCAUGUUUUAAAUUUAAAACGUAAACGAACUGUUUUAGUACAACGGCUAAGAAGAUUAGCUUUGUCUUUAGCUUUGGUUGUAUAUAUUAUAAUCGGUUUAAUGUUUUGUACAAUGGUUAUUGGUAUAAUAACAACAAUAACUAAAAUGAAUGAUCCGGAAGUUGAAUGGAUGGAUCACAAUCUUGGAGGAUAUUCUUCGGAUUUUUUAUCGACAAUAUAA